UUUCAAGGACAGUGGGUUUCAAAAAUGCGAGUUGUAGUUCCUCAUGAAGCGUAAGCUAUCUGAUGAUGGUGUUACCAGCCCCCAAAAAGUUAUGAAGGUAUCCAGUAUACCUGAAAUGAAAACAGUAUGUGAUGCUCUUGAAUAUCUGUUUAGUCUAUAUCCUUCUAUGAACUCAAAAAAUCUUGGCCGCCCAAUCGUUUUGAAGUCACAGUUAUACACUCUUGUAAAUAAUCGGAACAAAGUAGAAUCGCAACUGUCAGAUAUGCAGACAUCUCAGAGAAUACGUUUAUUAAACAUUGACGACCAAAUCGAUGAUUCCGUUGGUAUAAUGAAAUCUGAUGAUUUUGUAAAUUCUUUCAGAGACUUUUCUAUUGAUGAGUCAAAGAUUUUAGAACGAUUUGCGGAAUUCACUAGUCAAAAGUAUCAUUAUUUAAGCUUAUGUAAACGUGUUGCAUCAGAGAAUUUUUCGGAUAAUGAGAUAAGCAUUCUAAUACAAAAUGGAGCUUUAACCAUCAAAUCCGAGAACAGUUGGUACAUUUCCACUCCAUAUCUUGGUGCAUUUAUUCGUGCCUACAAAGCUGGUCAACGGGGUUUAUUAACAAUAAUUAAGAAGACGCGAUUCAAAGAAUUAUUGCUAUCUGAGAUUUUUCAUCGAAACCUGGGUAAAGGUGCUUAUCUAGGUCAUAUGUAUCACUUACUCGCUCAUUUAGGAGCUGGAACUUUGAAUUCGUAAGUCCGUCGUCUUCCUAUUUACUUGCACAUAAAUUGGUAUGUUUAAUCAAACGUUAUAGAAGUUUUGCUUCCUGAUAAGUAUUCAUACCCACAAAAUCGAUAAAUAAGAUAGUUCAACUCAUUAUAGAAAUGACAAUACCAGAUGUAACAUUGUCUCUGACCUAGCUCUUUUACGCUGGUAUUAAUGAGUGAUAUUAAAGCAGUUAAAAAGUAAUCAUUUUAGACGUCAACAACUAUUACUAGUAAAUAAGUAGUUGGUCAGAAACUCCAAGUUGUCGCGCUUACACUCAGUUCUUAGAUUGCAACUCUGUAAAAGUGUACAUAUUUCAAGAAAUGGAUUAACUCUCAUGAUCAGUGUUUCUAUUUUCAUAUUUGAAUCAGAGUCCCCAUAUAUUGGAUGGAACGCGUUGUCCAUUAUCUCUAUGAGUAAAACAAGGGAAACUGGUGGUUUCAUGUAAGAUAGUUUAAAACAUUAGAUUACUUCCCUGCCUAUUAUGGCUUAGUCGUUUAAGUGCUCGUAUCUUAUCUAACCAGCCACAUGUCUCUUACUUAGUAGGAUAUGCAUUAUACUACGAAAUAACCUUAGCCAACCAGUUAUUGACUAACAGGAAGCACCAAAUAGCUGUUUUUGUCUCCAUAUGGGAUUUCUCAACGGUGGGUACCCUCAAGCGCAUCUAAGACUAAAUUUAGGACGUUCAAACCUAGCAGCAAACGCCUAAUCUUCAAACCACUAAGUCAGCAUCCAGUCGUUUUUGUAGAUAAACUUUCUGCAUUCAGUUGGAUGUAUUUAUCUGGACGGAGUAAGUCUACUUUCAUUCAGUAAUAACGUUGUGUAAUUCGCAAAAGUUUUGAACAUGUUAUUAUGGGGAAACUUUGUAUUAUUACUAUUAUUUUAAAAAUACUCGGAUGUCGAUUUCACGAAUAUUGUUGUGUAGUUUGCUUUCACAAACAUAUACUUUUUGUCAUACCAGCAAUCUGUUUUUGCUCCUAUUGGUAUUCACUCUUGUACAGGAUUCAAACUAGCUCUGGUUUGCUUAUCAGAAUGUAACGCUUCAAGAAAAAAUGAUUAAAUUUAUACGACAGGUUCUACUUUGACAAAUUAUUGGGAAAUUAACUUCACUGUUUCGGUUUCCACUUUUGGUAUAAUAUAAAAAAUGUUACUUUCUA